GGCGGCGGCGGCGACCUGGGCCCGGGCGCAGCGGCGGCGGCGGCGGCGGCGGGGCCUGGAGCCGGAUCUAAGAUGGCAGCGGCGGCGGCGGCGGCGGUGGGGCCGGGCGCGGGCGGCGCGGGGUCGGCGGUCCCGGGCGGCGCAGGGCCCUGCGCGGCCGUGUCCGUGUUCCCCGGCGCCCGCCUCCUCACCAUCGGCGACGCGAACGGCGAGAUCCAGCGGCACGCGGAGCAGCAGGCGCUGCGCCUCGAGGUGCGCGCCGGCCCGGACGCGGCGGGCAUCGCCCUCUACAGCCAUGAAGAUGUGUGUGUCUUUAAGUGCUCAGUGUCCCGAGAGACAGAGUGCAGCCGUGUGGGCAAGCAGUCCUUCAUCAUCACCCUGGGCUGCAACAGUGUCCUCAUCCAGUUCGCCACACCCAACGAUUUCUGUUCCUUCUACAACAUCCUGAAAACCUGCCGGGGCCACACCCUGGAGCGGUCCGUGUUCAGCGAGCGGACGGAGGAGUCUUCUGCCGUGCAGUACUUCCAGUUUUAUGGCUACCUGUCCCAGCAGCAGAACAUGAUGCAGGACUACGUGCGGACAGGCACCUACCAGCGCGCCAUCCUGCAAAACCACACCGACUUCAAGGACAAGAUCGUUCUUGAUGUUGGCUGUGGCUCUGGGAUCCUGUCGUUUUUUGCCGCCCAAGCUGGAGCACGGAAAAUCUACGCUGUGGAGGCCAGCACCAUGGCCCAGCACGCUGAGGUCUUGGUGAAGAGUAACAACCUGACGGACCGCAUCGUGGUCAUCCCGGGCAAGGUGGAGGAGGUGUCACUCCCCGAGCAGGUGGACAUCAUCAUCUCAGAGCCCAUGGGCUACAUGCUCUUCAACGAGCGCAUGCUGGAGAGCUACCUCCACGCCAAGAAGUACCUGAAGCCCAGCGGAAACAUGUUUCCUACCAUUGGUGACGUCCACCUUGCACCCUUCACGGAUGAACAGCUCUACAUGGAGCAGUUCACCAAGGCCAACUUCUGGUACCAGCCAUCCUUCCAUGGAGUGGACCUGUCGGCCCUCCGAGGUGCCGCGGUGGAUGAGUAUUUCCGGCAGCCUGUGGUGGACACAUUUGACAUCCGGAUCCUGAUGGCCAAGUCUGUCAAGUACACGGUGAACUUCUUAGAAGCCAAAGAAGGAGAUUUGCACAGGAUAGAAAUCCCAUUCAAAUUCCACAUGCUGCAUUCAGGGCUGGUCCACGGCCUGGCUUUCUGGUUUGACGUUGCUUUCAUCGGCUCCAUAAUGACCGUGUGGCUGUCCACAGCCCCGACAGAGCCCCUGACCCACUGGUACCAGGUGCGGUGCCUGUUCCAGUCACCACUGUUCGCCAAGGCAGGGGACACACUCUCAGGGACAUGUCUGCUUAUUGCCAACAAAAGACAGAGCUACGACAUCAGUAUUGUGGCCCAGGUGGACCAGACCGGCUCCAAGUCCAGUAACCUCCUGGAUCUGAAAAACCCCUUCUUCAGAUACACGGGCACAACGCCCUCACCCCCACCCGGCUCCCACUACACAUCUCCCUCGGAAAACAUGUGGAACACGGGCAGCACCUACAACCUCAGCAGCGGGAUGGCCGUGGCAGGGAUGCCGACCGCCUAUGACCUGAGCAGUGUUAUUGCCAGUGGCUCCAGCGUGGGCCACAACAACCUGAUUCCUUUAGCCAACACGGGGAUUGUCAAUCACACCCACUCCCGGAUGGGCUCCAUAAUGAGCACGGGGAUUGUCCAAGGGUCCUCCGGCGCCCAGGGCAGCGGUGGUGGCAGCACGAGUGCCCACUAUGCAGUCAACAGCCAGUUCACCAUGGGCGGCCCCGCCAUCUCCAUGGCGUCACCCAUGUCCAUCCCGACCAACACCAUGCACUACGGGAGCUAGGGGCCCGCCCCGCGGACUGACAGCACCAGGAAACCAAAUGAUGUCCCUGCCCGCCGCCCCCACCGGGCGGCUUUCCCCCUUGUACUGGAGAAGCUCGAACACCCGGUCACAGCUCUCUUUGCUAUGGGAACUGGGACACUUUUUUACACGAUGUUGCCGCCGUCCCCACCCUAACCCCCACCUCCUGGCCCUGAGCGUGUGUCGCUGCCAUAUUUUACACAAAAUCAUGUUGUGGGAGCCCUUGUCCCCCCUCCUGCCCGCUCUACCCUGACCUGGGCUUGUCAUCUGCUGGAACAGGCGCCAUGGGGCCUGCCAGCCCUGCCUGCCAGGUCCCUUAGCACCUGUCCCCCUGCCUGUCUCCAGUGGGAAGGUAGCCUGGCCAGGCGGGGCCUCCCCUUCGACGACCAGGCCUCGGUCACAACGGACGUGACAUGCUGCUUUUUUUAAUUUUAUUUUUUUACGAAAAGAACCAGUGUCAAUCCGCAGACCCUCUGUGAAGCCAGGCCGGCCGGGCCGAGCCAGCAGCCCCUCUCCCUAGACUCAGAGGCGCCGCGGGGAGUGGUGGCCCCACCGAGGCUUCAGGGGCCCCCUCCCCACCAAAGGGUUCACCUCACACUUGAAUGUACAACCCACCCCACUGUUGGGAAGGCCUCCGUCCUCGGCCCCUGCCUCUUGCUGCUGUCCUGUCCCCGAGCCCCUGCAGGUCCCCCCCCGCCUCCCCACUCAAGAGUUAGAGCAGGUGGCUGCAGGCCUUGGGCCCGGAGGGAAGGCCACUGCCGGCCACUUGGGGCAGACACAGACACCUCAAGGAUCUGUCACGGAAGGCGUCCUUUUUCCUUGUAGCUAACGUUAGGCCUGAGUAGCUCCCCUCCAUCCUUGUAGACGCUCCAGUCCCUACUACUGUGACGGCAUUUCCAUCCCUCCCCUGCCCGGGAAGGGACCUUGCAGGGACCUCUCCCUCCAAAAAAAAAAAAAAAAAAAAAAGAAAAAAAGAAAAAGAAAGAAAAAAUAAAUGAGGAAACGUGUUGCAGCACAGGCAGUUUUCUUCUCCUUCUGCUCCCCUGUUUCUCAUACCCACAAACUCAGAUGCUGGAGCUCAGGCCCGGCCCCAGGCCCGCCGUGUGUGCACCCAGGCAGGAGCGGGCGCUGUCCAGGCUGGGCCGCCCCCUUGGCUCUCCCUCCUGUUCCAGGGGAGCCAUAGGAGGGAAAGCAGGUGGCCCGGGGGGGAUAUGGGGGCCCCAGCCCUGUCCCAAAGCUCCCUGCUCGGCUGCCCAUCGCCCGCCUUUAUAUAAAUUCUCUGAAUCACCUUUGCAUAGAAAAUAAAAGUGUUUGCUUUGUAAGAAAA